AUGAACAAAACGGCAACUCUCCAAGCAGGCACCCGAGAUCGCGAAGGCAGUGAAAGAAGUAAGGCCAAAAAUCGUUUAAAAUUCGAUACAGUGGCAUACAAAAGAAAUGCUCGAUUGAGUGUUUACAGUCAUGCAGCACGCUGCAGCUUACUUAGAAAAGCAAAUAAAAUGUGCUCGGCUUUGAAAAGCAAAAAAAAAUAUCUCGCAACUGUUUAA